CGCCACCGCCUCACAAAAUCACGAAAAAGUUCCGCAAGAGAGGAAACGGUGCCUAUCGCGUUCUCUUUUUCCUCUUUUUUUUAAAAUUCAAUUUCAAAUUUCCCGCUAUUUCUUUUUUUUUCCGUGUGUCUAAUUUCCCGGGGUGUUGUCGCGGUCGCCCACAGCAUCCGCAAGUUAUCAACGUGUGCCCGUGAUUGUUUUUUGUGUGUUGUCCGUGUUGUGUCUAAUUUCAUGUUACCAGUGUGUGCGGGUAGCAGCAGCAGCGCAGCGGGAGAAAAUUGCGAAAUCUAUUGGCAAUUAUUUUUCAUUCGAGUGUGCUGUGCGGAACGCUCGUUAUAGAACAAUAACAGCCGGGCCCCCCUUCCAUCAUCAUCAAAUAAAAACCCACCAGGGGGAACUUGUUUGCCAGUUGGUGGAAGAUCAACAGAGCUUGACGUCAAACGAAGAAACACAGUCUACACGAAUUUUUCCUAAGCACAGGUAUGUCCAGGCAUCAGCAGCAGCAGUUGAGCAGCAUGCCCUCCUUGACGCCGAGUCACGAUCAUCAUCAACUAGACGCCAUUUCAUCAGCCGACCUUUCAUUACAGCAGCAGCCAAUGUCUUCUGUUGUCGAGAUGACUCCACGCCGCAAACAGGCUUACGGCGACGUCAUCAGUGAAAUGAACAACAAGACGUCGUUUGAAUCUCGGCGAAUUCAUCACGAGGAUCCUGAGAUCCACACGAUCGUUCCUUCUGGCGACUCUAAACGGGUCGUGUUGAUUUCGUCGAAAUCUCGAGGAUCUGAUUGGGACUUGACGAUGGUGAAAGACGAGCAGGACAGCAACAAUGGAGUGGAGAGUGAAGAUAGCGGCUUUCAACUGGAUGCCGAUUCGUCCAGCAUCAAGAUAAUCGCCCCCGCUCCCGUCAAUGAUGCCGCCGCCGCCGCCGCACCCGCCGACAUGACGGUCACGACCCAAAAGAGUGGGACGACCGUGAUUAACAUCACGCCGCCUUGCAAGAUGGAGCACAGAUUGCUGGAACAUUUGCACAGCACUCCGUUGCCGUCCAUCGUCAGUGCCGAAGUCGCCAGAGAUUGCCCAGAUUUAGGCAAAAGACGGACGAGUAGCGUGUUGGAAGCCAAGGAUUCCAGCAAAUCUGUCGGAGAGAUGCGUCAGCAACCCAAGGAAUUGAAUAAAGGUCCCGACCAACUUUUCCCGGCCGAUUCGUACACGACGACUUCAGCGACUGGAGCUGUCAAGCUCAAGAUUGAUGAACGAGGCAUGGCGUCGAUUCCACCGCUGUCGGUGCCGACUUUGCUGCAGCGCACCGUGGCCAGACAUAUGGAUCAUCCUGCCCUUUGCGUCAAACGUGAUGGAAAGUGGAUCAAGUGGACGUACAAGCAGUACUUGCACGAUGUGAGGGUGUGUGCCAAGGCUUUCAUCCGCUUGGGGCUGGAACGUUUCCAUUCGGUUUGUAUUUUGGGUUUUAAUUCACCCGAAUGGAUCAUCGCCGAUUUGGCUGCCAUUCACGCUGGUGGUUUCGCCGCUGGCAUUUACACUACGAAUUCGGCCGAGGCGUGUCUGCAUUGCGCCUUGAACGGGCAGGCCGACAUCAUCGUGGUGGAGGACCGCAAACAGCUGGAGAAAAUCCUUUCCAUCAAGGACCAAAUUCCGACUUUGAAGGCGAUCGUCCAGUACACCGGAAAACCGCACGUCGAAGGAGUCAUCACCUGGUCGCAAUUGAUGCAUUUGGGCAACGCCACGCCUGACAACGUCUACGAGGAUCGUUUAAAGAAGUUGGCCGUCAAUCAGUGUUGUACACUAAUCUACACGUCUGGAACGACGGGACCUCCGAAAGGCGUCAUGCUGAACCACGACAACCUGACUUGGAUUUCCCACAACCUGGCCACUUAUAUGAACUUGCGAGACGGCAAGGAUACGUUUCUCAGUUACCUGCCGCUAAGUCAUGUCGCAGCUCAGAUUACCGACAUCUACGCUCCGCUAUCUGUAGGCGGGACGGUCUACUUUGCCGAUCCUGAUGUUUUGAAGGGAACGCUGGCUGAGACGUUGCGUGAAGUGAGGCCGACAUGUUUUUUCGGCGUGCCUCGAGUCUGGGAGAAAAUCUACGAGAAGAUGCAAGCCAUCGGCAAACAGACGACUGGCAUCAAAAAGACGAUUGCUACUUGGUCAAAGAGCGUUGGAUUAUCUUACAACCGACGCCGAAUGGAAGGGAGGUCUUCGAAACCGUUUGGAUUCGCCCUGGCCAAUGCGCUAGUCUUCAAAAAAGUGCGUGAAGGAUUGGGUUUGGAUAAGGCCCGAGUGAUCUUGUCGGGUGCCGCGCCUCUCUCCAAAGAAGUGGCCGAAUAUUUUACGAGUCUGGAUAUUCCCAUCUUGGAGGUCUACGGAAUGAGCGAGUCGACGGGACCGCACUCCAUCAACAACAUCACGAAAGGUUACCAGCUCAACAGCGCUGGAAAAUCGGUACCGGGCUGCCUCACGAAAAUUGCUAACCCGGACAAGGACGGCAAUGGAGAGAUUCUGAUGGGCGGACGGCAUGUGUUUAUGGGUUACUUGAAUGACCCUGGCAACACUUCGUCUGUUGUGGACGCUGACGGCUAUCUGAGCACGGGCGAUGUUGGUCAUACCGACAAGUUUGGCUUCGUCUACAUCACUGGCCGCAUUAAAGAAAUUCUCAUUACGGCUGGAGGCGAAAACGUGGCUCCGGUUCUCAUUGAAGAUAACAUUAAAGCGGAAUUGCCCAUAGUCAGUCACGCUAUGGUUGUCGGUGAUAGGCGAAAAUUCCUUUCCAUUCUCUUGACUUUGAGAACUGAAGUGGAUCCGGAUACGCAAGAGCCGUUGCCCAUUUUGACCCGGCCGACCCGGGAUAUCUGUGAAAGUUAUGGCCUUUCGCUGGCUGAAACGGUGACGGACGUCAUCUGUGCGGCAGAGCGAGGCAUGGCUGAACGUGAUCCCAUGGCCGCUCUGACUGGGCAAGAUGCUGAAGCUGUCAAGUUUGUCAAAGUCAUUGAUGCUGCCAUCGAAAGGGCCAACCGUAACGCCAUUUCGGCUGCCCAGCGCGUUCAGAAAUGGACCAUCUUGCCUGUCGAUUUCUCCAUUCCAGGUGGAGAAUUAGGGCCCACUAUGAAGAUGAAGAGGAGUUGUGUUGCCAAAAAAUACGCUGACGUCAUCGAACGUUUUUACUACUAAAAUAAUAAUAAUCUGCCAUGCGGGGGUGGGGAAAUCGGAUUACUACCAACUAAUCUUACACUACUACUAGCCUUGAUUUACAAAUGUAGUUUAUUUUUCUGAUAGGGGGGAAAUUUAUGGAUGUGUCACACACCUGCGUCAUUAUUAUGAAAGGGUUCCAGGAUAUUGGUGGGUGCCAAUCUCGCGGGUGGUUAAUAUAAAUAUAUUUGUUUUUCUCUUUUUUGUUCCAAGGUUUUUCUAGUCCGUCAAGACACGUCAGAGGGUUUGCUCAAUAGUGUCGUCUUGAAAAAUAUGUUGCAAUGAUGUCCCUAUAUACUACUACAAGCACAAAAAAAUAUUAUGCAAAUUCGUCUAGUUACUACAAGUUCCUCUCGACAGUUCUUUAUCCAUGACCAAGUUUUUGUACCCCCCGUUAAUUUCCCAAAUCUUCCAUAACGUUGCAAAAGAUUUCCCUUAUUUUUGAGAGACUUGUUGAUAUAAAAACCCGUUUUUUGAAUACAAACGUUACAUGAGCAGA